UUAUCUUAAUUAUUUGUCUCUGUAAUUUUUAGAUUAUGAGCAUUAAACAAUAUAUAUGAGCUUUUUAAAUUAAAUAUCAAAAGUUAGAGAUAAAUAUAAAUGUCUACAUUAAAAAUACCACCGGCAACUAUUCCUCGUGAUGAUGCUGCCCAACUACAUCGUGCUUUCAAAGGAAUGGGAUGUGAUGCUGCAAUAAUUGUAAACAUUCUUGCACAUAGGAACGCAGCUCAGCGAGAUAACAUUCAACAAGAAUUUGAAACUUUGUACUCUUAUGACCUUAGAAAAGAAUUGUCUUCGGAGCUUCAUGGACAUCUUAAGAAAGCAAUUUUACUGUGGAUGCAAAAUCCAAUGGACCGGUAUCUGAGUACACUGAGGCAGGCUCUAACUGGGCCCAUUGUGGACCUAAAAGCUGCUACAGAAAUAAUAUGUUCACGUACUUCCUCCCAAAUUAGACAAAUAAAACAAGCUUAUACUACUGCUCAUGGCACUCAUCUUGAGUAUGAUAUUCAAGCUCACACUUCCGGAAAUCAUAAACAGUUACUGGUGGCGUAUACAAAUGUAUCACGGUACGAAGGGCCUGAAAUUGAUAAAGUAUUAGUAGAGAAUGAUGCAAAGACAAUGCAUAAACUUGGAGAAAAGAAAUUUGGAAUGGAUGAUAAAAUUCUGAUUCAGAUUUUCAGUGAAAGAAGCAGAUCACAUUUGGUUGCUCUUUCUUCAACUUACCACAGAUUGUACGGAAAGGAAUUAAGAAAGGCAAUAAAGAAAGGGACAACAGGGAAUUUCAAGUAUGCACUUUUGACAAUUUUGCUAUGUGCUCAUAAUCCUGCCAAGUACUUCGCAACGGUAUUGCGAAAGGCGAUGAAGGGUAUCGGAACUAAAGACACAACAUUAAUAAGGAUAGUAGUAACAAGGGCUGAAGUAGAUAUGCAGAAGAUUAAAGAAGAGUAUCAUAAGAAAUAUAAAAAAUCAUUAAUUGAUGCAGUCCAUUCUGAGACUUCAAGCCACUAUAGAACCUUUCUUCUUUCACUUUUAGGUUCUACUGAUCGCUAGAAUUUUAUCUUAUCUUUGAAUGUUGUAAUUAUAAGUUCUGAUAAUUUUUGUUAAUGCCUGUCUUUUUGUUGGCUUUAUGAUCAGUGUGAUAUAGAUAAUAAAAUUUUAGU